CUUCGAAAUGUCUUACAUGAUCCCGCAUUUAAACAAUGGCUGGCAGGUCGAUCAAGCGAUAUUAGGCGAAGAGGACAGAGUAGUGGUUAUACGAUUUGGACAUGAUUGGGACCCUGUUUGUAUGAAAAUGGACGAGACUCUUUAUAGAAUAUCGGAGAAAGUGAAAAAUUUUGCUGCUCUUUAUGUUGUUGACAUAACCGAGGUGCCAGACUUCAACAAAAUGUACGAAUUAUACGAUCCCUGUACUGUCAUGUUUUUCUAUCGCAACAAACACAUCAUGAUUGAUCUGGGAACAGGAAACAACAACAAAAUAAACUGGGCCAUAGAAAACAAGCAAGAGUUCAUUGAUAUUAUUGAGACAGUGUACAGAGGAGCGAGGAAAGGAAGAGGCUUGGUCAUUUCUCCGAAAGAUUAUUCAACCAAGUACAGAUACUGAGUUGGUGAUCUCGCGUUUGUUAUCGAAUUAUUUUCAACGGAACAUUCCUGAACUCCUAACCUGGAAACUCGAAGGAGGAAUUGCCACUUUAAAUGUUGUGCGUACUUCGUUAACUAACCAAUGGACAUCGAUGAUAUUUUAUCACGAAGGAGAUUAUUGCAUUUUAAAUCAAUCGUUGGUUGAUUUAUUCUGACACCUUAUAAUUUUAUUCUUUUUGUUUUUCCUCGCAAUUAUCUAAUUUUGAUGUAGUAGUUUCAAAUAUAGAUUUGAA